UUUUAACAAAAACAAAAAUAAUUCAAUGUAAUCAGUGGCAAUCUGUAUAUUUGACUUUUUCGUCCGUAUUUUUGUACGGGUGUUUAAAUUGUCUUUUUGUAAAUUAUUUUUAUUUUAUUUUUGUGAAGGUUAAAUUAUAAUUGGCAAUUGUGGGCAAAUUUGAUUAAAAAUUUCAUAUGUUAUUACAACUUUUUUGUAAAGUUUUUUUUUUAUUUAAGUCGAAUUAUUAAUUUCCUUUAAAUACGAAUCAAUCUAUUCUAAAUAAGUUUAAAAUUGUAACACUGUUUUGAAAAGUUUUAAGAAUUGUAAAAUUCUUUAACUUGGAAAUAAAAGAAUUUACUGUAGGUUGAAUAACAGAUUGAAAAGAGAUUGUUGCUUUGAGAUGUCAUUAUUCGGUGCUCAUUCAGCUAUCAAGCUACUACGUCAACGAAGUUCCGCUGUUCGUGUAUGGUUAAUAAAUAAAAAUGCAUAUUCAACUGAGAUUGAGUAUAAACCAAUCCGUUCAGUAUUGGUGGCAAAUCGAGGUGAAAUUGCAAUUCGCGUGUUUCGUGCUUGUAAUGAAUUAGGAAUUCGCUCAGUGGCAAUUUAUUCUGAGCAAGAUAAAAUGCAUAUGCAUCGCUUAAAAGCUGAUGAAGCGUACUUAGUUGGAAAAGACUUGCCACCAGUAGCAGCUUAUUUAGAUAUACCAGAAAUUAUUCGUGUAUGUAAAGAAAAUAAUGUCGAUGCAGUUCACCCUGGGUAUGGUUUCUUAUCAGAGCGUGCUGAUUUUGCACAAGCUAUUAUUGAUGCAGGAAUAAGAUUUAUUGGGCCAACACCUAAAGUUGUGCAACAGAUGGGUGAUAAAGUUGCAGCUAGAAUAGCUGCAAUUGAAGCUGAAGUUCCAAUAGUUCCGGGUACAGAUGGACCAGUUACGUCCAAGGAAGAGGCUAUAGACUUUUGUAAUAAACAUGGUUUGCCAGUUAUAUUCAAAGCUGCGUACGGUGGUGGUGGUCGUGGUAUGAGAGUUGUUCGCAAAAUGGAGGAAGUAGGUGAAAUGUUUGAGCGUGCUAGUUCUGAGGCAAAAGCUGCAUUUGGUAAUGGAGCUAUGUUUAUCGAAAAAUUUGUUGAGAGACCACGUCACAUCGAGGUACAGCUGUUGGGUGACAAAGCCGGAAAUGUUGUGCAUUUAUUUGAAAGAGAUUGUUCAGUACAAAGACGUCAUCAAAAAGUUGUUGAAAUUGCACCAGCCCCUCGGUUACCCAAAGAAAUUCGUGACCAAAUGACCGAAGCAGCUGUUCGAUUAGCAAAACACGUUGGCUAUGAAAAUGCUGGUACUGUAGAGUUCUUAUGUGACGAAAAAGGAAACUUUUACUUUAUUGAAGUUAACGCUAGGCUCCAAGUUGAGCAUACAGUAACAGAAGAAAUAACAGGAAUAGAUUUAGUUCAAUCACAAAUACGUAUUGCUGAAGGAAUGACCUUACCAGAGCUUGGUUAUACUCAAGAGAAUAUUAAACCUCGAGGAUAUGCAAUUCAAUGUCGUGUUACAACAGAAGAUCCGGCUAAUGAUUUUCAACCAAGCAGUGGUAGAAUUGAAGUUUUUCGUUCUGGUGAGGGUAUGGGUAUUCGUUUGGACAGUGCAUCCGCAUUUGCUGGAGCUAUUAUAUCACCGUAUUACGACUCCUUGCUGGUCAAGGUUAUUUCACAUGCAUCAGAUUUACAAGCUUCAGCUGCCAAAAUGACUCGUGCUUUGCGCGAAUUUCGAAUUCGUGGCGUUAAAACGAAUAUUCCAUUUUUAUUGAAUGUUUUGGAAAAUCAGAAAUUUUUACAUGGUGUCUUAGAUACAUAUUUCAUUGAUGAACAUCCACAAUUAUUUAAAUUUAGAGUUUCACAAAAUCGCGCACAAAAAUUAUUAAAUUACCUUGGUACCUUGUUAGUGAAUGGUCCACAGACUCCAUUGGCAACAAAAUUAAAACCAGCUGAAAUUCAUCCACAUGUACCCACAAUUCCAUUAGAUUUGUCAAAAGAAGCGAUUGAAAGAGAGAAGAAAGGCGAAACAAUAAAUAAACCCCCGCAAGGAUUGCGUGACAUAUUAAAGAGUGAAGGUCCGGAAGCAUUUGCUAAAAAAGUUCGCCAAACACCGAAUUUGCUCCUUAUGGAUACAACAUUCCGCGAUGCCCAUCAAUCUCUUUUAGCUACUAGAGUUCGUACUUUUGAUUUAUUAAAUAUUUCCCCAUACGUUGCCCAUAAGUUCAACAAUUUAUACGCGUUAGAAAAUUGGGGUGGUGCUACAUUUGAUGUUGCGUUGCGUUUCUUACAUGAAUGUCCGUGGGAACGUUUAGAAGAGAUGAGAAAUUUAAUCCCAAACAUACCAUUUCAAAUGUUACUGAGAGGUGCUAACGCCGUUGGCUACACAAAUUACCCAGAUAAUGUAGUUUUUAAAUUUUGUGAACUGGCUGUGCAAACUGGAAUGGAUAUCUUCAGGGUUUUCGAUUCCUUAAAUUAUUUGCCAAACUUAAUUUUAGGAAUGGAAGCUGCUGGUAAAGCUGGCGGUGUUGUUGAAGCAGCUAUUUCAUAUACUGGUGAUGUGAGUGAUCCAACGAAAACUAAAUACGAUUUAAAAUAUUAUACAAAUUUGGCUGAUGAAUUAGUGAAAGCUGGUACUCAUGUUUUAUCAAUCAAAGAUAUGGCAGGUUUAUUAAAACCAAGAGCUGCUAAAAUGUUGAUUACCGCAAUUCGUGAUAAACAUCCUGAUAUCCCGAUUCAUAUUCAUACUCAUGAUACAUCAGGAGCUGGUGUUGCUGCUAUGUUAGCAUGUGCUGAAGCUGGUGCUGAUGUUGUGGACGUUGCAGUUGAUUCUAUGUCUGGUAUGACAUCACAGCCAAGUAUGGGUGGUUUAGUUGCUUCCCUUCAGGGGUCACCAUUAGAUACGAAAAUCAAUUUAAGUGAUGUUUCUGAAUAUUCCGCAUAUUGGGAGCAAACUCGUACGCUUUAUGCACCAUUUGAAUGCACAACAACAAUGAAAUCAGGAAACGCUGAUGUUUAUUUGAAUGAAAUUCCUGGUGGACAAUAUACAAAUUUACAAUUCCAAGCUUAUUCGUUGGGUUUGGGUGAUUUCUUUGAAGAUGUUAAAAAAGCAUAUCGCGAAGCAAACUUGAUUCUUGGUGAUAUAAUUAAAGUGACACCUUCCUCAAAAGUUGUCGGUGAUCUAGCUCAAUUUAUGGUACAAAACAAAUUGGAUGCUAAACAGGUUGUUGAUAAAGCUGAAGAAUUAUCAUUUCCAAAAUCUGUAGUUGAAUUUUUACAAGGAUCGAUAGGCACUCCUUACGGUGGUUUCCCUGAACCGUUUAGAUCACGUGUAUUAAAAGAUAUGGAACGUAUUGAGGGAAGACCUGGUGAAAAACUACAACAUUUAGAUUUUGAUAAAAUAAAAAAGGACUUAAAAGAAUCUCACAAAAUCGUACGAGAUUGGGAUGUUAUGUCAGCAGCUUUGUAUCCACAAGUAACUAAUGAUUUUUUGAACUUCAGGGAUGAGUUUGGACCAGUUGACAAAUUAGAUACAAGAAUAUUCUUAACAGGCCCUAAAGUUGGUGAAGAAUUUGAAGUUUCUAUAGAAAAAGGUAAAACACUAAGUUUUAAAACAUUAGCAAUGGCCGAAGAUUUAACACCAAACGGUGAACGUGAAGUAUUUUUUGAACUAAAUGGGCAACUAAGAUCAGUUCUAAUCAGAGAUAAAGAAGCAGUGAAAGAGCUACAUAUACAUCCAAAAGCAACUAAAGGGAAUGCAAGUGAAGUUGGAGCCCCAAUGCCAGGCACUAUAAUUGAUAUACGAGUUAAAGAAGGUGAUCAUGUUGAAAAAGGUCAGCCGUUAGUUGUUUUAUCAGCAAUGAAAAUGGAAAUGAUUGUCCAAGCUCCAAGAGCUGGUGUCAUUAAAAAACUAGAAAUUACAAAUGGAAUGAAAAUAGAGGGAGAAGACUUGCUCAUGACUUACGAAUAAAACGAGAUGUUAAAGAAAAUUUAAAUAUUCUGUAGCACUUUUGUGUAGUUUAGAUAAAUGUUUUUUUUUGUUGAAAAAGUUAUUGAAAAAUUUAUUGAAAAUUUUAUGCUAUGUUAAAUUUUUUGAAAAUUUUAAGUUCUUAAGGGUUAAAAUCUAGUGAUUGAUAAAAAAUUGAUUGACUUUUUUAGCAGUUCUAAAUUUUCUUCGUAUUUUAAUAAUAAGUUUAAGCUUUGUAGUUUUUUUACUUUUUUUACAAUUUUGUUUUUUUUUUAUUCAUACUUUUUUUUAGUUGAUUACCUACCGUCUAAGAAAAUUUAUUUUAAACUAGAUUUUUGAAGUAUGUACUCAAAGCUACUUAAAAUAUAAAAAAAAUGUUACCUUAAAUUAUUUUUAAGGAAUCAAUAUUUUUGUUAAGGUUUAUUUGAAAAAAAAACAAAUUCUUUUAGGUUUUAGUAAAAAGUUUUUAAAAAUAUCAAAAAAUUGUGUAUAUUCGAAUUAAUUGCCAACAAUAUUUAAUACUUGACAGUAAAAAAGACUACAGUUUUGGAUUCAGGUCUCAAUUUAUCUUUAUUGUUAGUGUCUGUAAUUAUAUACUGGUUAUAUUAUUUUGUUGUAGUAAUAAUUUAAACAAUAUCUGCCAUCUUUAUAAUUUUUGAAAAUUUUUAAUGUGCUGUUUACUGAAAACUCCUGCAUAACUGGUUAGUGUAUAUAAUUGUAAAUAUCCAUUACAGCCAUUUAUAUUUUUGUUAUCUGUUAAUAUAAAUUUUACUUUUGUAGAACUACCAUUGAAGCAGCUAUAUAGUGUAGUUUUUUUAAUAAUGUGUAAAAUAAUUGUAUCUACUUGACUAUAUAAUAUAAGAAAAGAAAAAUUACAUUAAUGAAACAAGGCCUAGUAAAACAAUAUAAUAAAUGUAUAAUAAUUACGAUGGAAAUACUUUUGCAACUGAUAGUUAGAAAUUUUAAAUCAUUGUACAUGUAUUUCAGCUUUUGUGCAAUUACUUUAAUUAUUUUUUUCUAAGAUAAAGAAUAUCACACAUAAUGAAAAAAGGGCGGUUUUAUAAAUUUUAAAUACUUAAAAAAUAUUUUGUAAAAAUUGAACAUAUUUAGUUAUGAAAUGUUAAACUAGUGUAAAAAUCUAAUGCUUUGUGAGUUGCAGAGUAUUUUAAUUUAUACAAAAAAUUUUUGAGUAAAUUUAAAAUUUACUAAUAUUUUUAAUUUUGUAAAUUGGAUAAUUUUGUACUUUUCCAAUAGAGCUUAUUCUUUUAAUUUAUCUCAUGGUAAAUUUACAUAACAUAAUACGAUAUUUUAAAAGUCAGCAAAAUAAAUUUGUUAUAGUGCUUGUACCAUGAUUUUCAAAAAUUUACCAAUAAUUAAUUUUCGAAGGAUUAAAGUGAUGGAUAUAUUCGAAUUUGAUAAAAUCCAUAGAAUAAGAGCCUUAUUUGAAUGAAAUUGAGAUAAAACGAUUGUUUAUAAUAUUUACGUACAUUGUAAUCUUGGCUGUUUAAAAUAAAAAGAAAAGUUAAGAAA